AUGCCGUCCCCUGCGUGUGACCGAUGCCACUCUAUUAAAGCUCGGUGUCUGACAGGCCCCGCAGGCAGCUGUUAUCGCUGCUAUCGUCUUAAGCAUUCUUGCACUUAUUCACGAUGUCGUGGGAAACGAGGUCGAAAGCCAAGGGUUGCUAUUACUGAGGGCUCGGUGACUGAUUCAAGCGACGGACUGACGGGAAGCUUGGCGUCGCCGCUACCCAGCUCGCCAAACGAUUCCACCGAGGACUCGAAUCAACAGCUCAAGGAAGAAGAUGAAUGUGAAUCUACACACAAGCUCGAGUUCUCGAAAAUGAUAUUCCAAGCGGGCAUCAUCUCCCCAGUCUGCACCUCAUUCCAAGUAUGCACCUUCUACUCAUUUGGACCUCGGCUCAGCUUCGAGAUGAGCCAGAUGAUUCAGUGCCGAAUGGAAGAAGCCCCUUCACUCCUUCUCCACCCAUAUGAAGCAUUUGCUCGCGUACUAUAUCGGUGCAUGACAAAUCAGACGCCCUGUAGCAACGAAGAAUGGUCCAUGGGUGCAUCCGCCCUGAAAGCCCUGCGGAACGCGCAAAUAACCAAGGCUGAGUAUGUGGGUGGCAUCUUGGCCUUGGGCACGAGCUUGGUGGGCUUCCACCGGUUGAUAUCUGGUGUGUCGGCUAGCACAAUCUGUCGACAUACCUUGACUCUCAUUCGGCCGCUAUACUAUGCGGAUGAGCUGCGAGAUUUCGACAUGAAAGAGCUCCUGUGUCUUAUAUUUCUAGAUACAACUCAGUCACUGUUCCGAGCUCGGGUCCCUGUGAUUGAAUAUAGGCUUCGAGAUCCAUACAUUGUCAAUCACCAUGCGGGCCUUUGUGCUCCUCUGCUGCCACUUCUGUAUCGCGUUUGUAUCGUGGGAGCGGCUGUUCGUACAGGGCAUAGCGAUAAGGUCUCCCCGGGGGACUUCGAUUGUCUCACAAAUGAACUCACAGCAUGGUCACCGAACGUAUCAAAAGAUAUACUGAAGCGCUUCUCGGACGACGAAAUGCUUCUGCUUCUCUCACAGGCUAACCUUCAUCGGACGGCGGCACUUCUUCUCUUGCAUCGACUCCAAUACCCAUUUGGAGAGCGAGACUCCGAAGCAGAGUCCCUUUCCCAGUCGAUGGUGCAUGAACUGCUCCAUUGUCUGCGGGGAGCUGACCAGUUUCCACCCAACGUUACUCUAGCGCUCCUGCUGGCAGGGGCAGAGGUCCACGACUCAGAGAGAAGAAAGCACAUUCUAUCAUUGAUUUUCAAAAUUAAGGGUGCAUAUUUCUACCCUUUCAUUUCCAACCUGCGCAUGUUCCUCGCUCGUGUUUGGAAAGCCAGGGACCUGGGCACAGCACGAUACCUUUUCUGUCUUUUUGAGAAUGACCCAGAUUUGAGUGUGCCGCUGUGA